AUGAACAUCAUACUUGCUGAUAACUCUAAGUUCAACUUCAUCGAUUACAUUUCUGAAGUUAUGCUGCGAGAGGUUCCGGCUAAAAGUACUGCGAGCCUAUCACAUGAAGAAGAAGAGCCUGAUGAACAUGAGCUUAAAAUAAGAAAAGAUCGUGAAGCUAAAAUGGAUGAGCACCAAAGAAUUGUCCAUGAGGCCGAAGAGAAAGAAAAGGCUGAACGCGAGGCUCAAGUCAUGCUAGAAAGAGAAAGAUUUUGUUUCUUGCAUGACAGUAGUGCAGAUAACUUACUUUUCUCAUUCUACCUAAAGCACAUGAAGCCUCAGUACGAGACAUGGAGUGCGAACAAGAUCAUGACUGUGAAGGUUGUUGGUCUAAUUGAAACUAAUAGCUUCCCCAAUGCAAAAUUUAAGGUUGCGAGAGGUUCAACGAGUCAGGUGCAUGUGUUUACUCUUGUUGAUCUUCCAUGCAUGAACCCGUAUGAUUCGAUCCUGCUAUACAACAUGCUGCUAAGGGACAAACAGAAUUACAAGCCUGAUGUUUCUCUGUAA